AUGAACUCAGUUGACGAUUCGAAUAUUGGUUCAGUAUGUAUACCACCUGUUAAUGCCUGUUUUUCUUCUUCCUUCGAUGUACACAGAGACUCCAUACAAUGUAGCCAACUCAGUUAUAGUACGGCUAAAAAGCGUGACCAUGCAUCUGAAUCUCAGCUAGGCACAGAUUCAGAGGACUCAGUACUAUUAACAUCACCGAGUGCUAGUUCUCAACCGGUGCCUAGAUUAAGCAGGAGACGAAACGCUACUUCCGUCUCCGUCUGGCCUUCAUCAUCGUUUCACAAUGACGGUACUCCUUUCUUCAACCGCCGUACUGGAUUGCCUUUACAAUCAUCUCCGGUUCCUCUCAAAAGAAGUACAAGUGGAAAGUUUGAUUUCGAUUUAUCAUUGAAUCGCAUGAAAACAUCUAGAAGCUCUAUUUGUAUGGUAUACAAUCAUAAUUUGCAAAAUUCCAGUGAAAUCAAUACAGAUCAUGUUAAAGAACCUUCAUCAGGGAUGGAAAGUUUAAAAUCUGACAAAAAAUUCAAUAAUAAUACUGAUAACAGUAGUAAUGAUAAUAAUGAAACUAAUAGCAAUAAAUCAAAUCAAACUAUCACAUCAUUUCGUCGACGACCAUCUAGUCUACGAUUUACAUCUCAAUAUCAAGAACAAUCAUUUGAACGCAAUACUGUUAAUAGUUCUAUCAUUGGUGGUUCUAAUAAUCGACAUACAGUAACAGGAGCAAGACGACGUAAUUAUCCUGUAGAAAUGGAUUCAAUUGAAUUAAGUUGUAGUGCACCGCCGUCUGGAGGUCGUGGUUUUCAACCACAUAAAAAUAUAACAAGUCGUUUAGCAAAUACUAUGGCAUGUACACCAGUACCACAUGGUAGUUCACAACAUUUGCUAGUCAAUUUUGAAGAAAGUAUGCUUAAUGGACGUAUACAUCCAGUUGGACAAGUUGAAGGAUUUUCAAUUGAAUUAGGCGCUAGUGGUUCAUUCUAUCCAAAUCAUAUACGUCUUCCAAUGAAAGCAUAUUUUUUCAAUUUAUCUGAUGAUAAUGCACCAUCACCGUAUUUAGGCUAUGCUGAUUUAAAACAAUUACCUAGUAAUAAAGGUUAUCAUAUACCGAAGAAAGGUUCUAUUCAAUUAACUUUAUUCAAUCCAACUGGUCUUGUAGUGAAAAUGUUUGUUAUUGUAUAUGAUUUAGCUGAUAUGCCACCAAAUUGUCAAACAUUCUUAAGACAACGUACAGUUUAUAUGCCAAUUCAACAACAUAAUCAAUUUCAUUCAUCUUAUAUAAUUUCCAAUUCAACACAAUCAACAUCUUUACAUAACAAUUCCACUUGUUCAUUUCAUAAACCUCAAUAUCAUUCAACACAUACUAAUACGAAUCAUUUAAAUUGUAAUAGUACUCCUAUUACAUCAAUGAUAAAUACAAAUGUAUCAAUGAAUAAUACAUUAUCCAACUGUAAUACAAAUCAUUUAUGGGAUAUAUCAUCAAAAUCAUUAACUGAACCAAAUACACCAUCAUUUCUAUCUUAUUCAUCAUCAUGUUCAUGUUCGUCUAUUACAUCAAUUGGUUCAUUAAGUUCAUAUGGUUCACAGAAUGCUGUUAAUAAUAAUAACACUACUAAUAGUAAUACUACUACUACUAAUAAUAAUAAUACUGGUAUUGCUGGUGUGUCAUUGAAUACACGUAAUGAAUUACCUGCCUACUUACGAUAUCUAGUUCAUUUAAGAUUUCAUACAACUCGUUCAGGUAAAUUAUACCUUCAUACAGAUUUACGUUUAAUAUUUUCACGUGAUAAAUUUGAAUUUGAUCCACGUAUAGCAACUUAUGAAUUACGUUCAUUUGUUGAUGCUCCAUCAAAUCCACGUUAUUCACCAAAAAAAUGGUCAACACGUCAUCAGAAUAUAACAAAAUAUCAAAAAUCAAUUCAUCAUUCAAAGAUUACAUAA